CAACAUGACUGACUAACUAACUAGUAUAUGGCUGAUUUUCAUAAAAAUUGCUUUUAAUUCUUGUCCCUCAAAGAUCUUUCGAAGAAAAAAUGUGUAGUGUUCAUGAAGAAGAUAUCGAGUAUUUCGUAUCUCAGCAGCAAGCAAAGGGAUCUAAAGAAGAACUUGGCGGUAGAAGAACUUGCAUGAAGUGCGCUUUAGGCCCAGCGGUUGUGGUUGUCCGACUAAAUGAUCCCUUAUGCAAGUCCUGUUUUCUGGCGUAUUUCACCCACAAAUUUCGUGCAACGAUCGGGAAAGCACGUGUGAUACGGGCUGGAGAAAAGAUUUUACUGGCAUUUUCUGGAGGUCUGUCAUCGUCUGCAAUGUUGCAUUUAGUUUGUGAAGGUUUGAGUGGAACAGCUCCCAAAAAACUUCGAUUCGAACCGGGACUCGCUUUUGUUGACGAAGGAGAAGUGCUGAAGCAAAGCGUAAUAGAGCAUUCUAGUUAUAUCGAACAGAUUCGAGGCAUAGUCUCAAGAACAGAAUUUCCAUUUCAUCUGGUGAAGCUGGAGGACAUAUUUUCCCGAUCUGCCCAAGAUGAUACAAGUUGUUGCAAGAGGUCUGAAAAAGCUGAAAAAUUGAAAAGCCUGUUUGAUGCAAUACCUUCAAUGACAGAAAAAGAAGACUUGCUGAAGACACUGCGUAACCAACUGUUGCUUGCAGUGGCAAGGAAAGAAGGUUAUUCUAAGGUAAUGGUUGCAGACUGCGCCACCAGACUAUCAGUGAGACUGUUAUCUAAUGUAUCCCAAGGAAGGGGUGGGGAUUUGCCAUAUGACACUGGCUUUAGUGAUGAUCGUCAUGGUGAUGUCAUAUUUGUGAGACCGAUGCGAGAAUUCAUGACUAAGGAAAUAGCUCUGUAUAAUUUCUUUAACAGUGUCCAAACUGUAGUCAUGCCAACGCUGUCCACAAUGAGCCAUUCACAUGUCAGCAUUGACCGUUUAACAGAAGAGUUUGUGAGUGGCCUUCAAGCAGCUCUCCCGUUUACUGUCAGUACAAUUUUUAGAACUGGAGAUAAGUUAUCUGUUAAGGAGUUCACAGAUGAAGUUGCUUCUUGUGCUCUUUGCGCCAUUCCGCUGAGUGUGAACCCAAUUCUUCUCUCUACUUUGACAGAUGGCCUGAGUGCCGUUCAAUUCAAUGCUGACAACAAAACUUCUCCACAGUCUGUGACAGAAUGUUGUGGCAGCUGUGAAAGUGGCUGUUCAAAUUCUUCGACUGAACAGCCAGUAACCGGAGAUAAUAUCCUUGAAACUUUAUGUUAUGGUUGCCGACUAACAUUUAGAAAUACAAAGUUUAAUCCAAGUGAUUUGCCAUCAUUUGUUCUGGAUGCCACAAAGAAAUCUCUUCACAGAGCCCAGAUGAAAGAACAGAUCAAAGAUUUUUUGUUGGAUGACUGAAUUUACUUGAACUAGCAGUGACAAUCAGUUAUUUCACUGGUAUAUUUUUUUGUGUCAUUAUAUAACAAUUUUUUGAAAAACCACUGCAUUUUCUGUUUAUUUCUCAAGUUUGUUAUCUAUUUAUUUAGUGUAAGCACAGUAGCAUGUAUGGAUUAUGAGGAGUGCCUCCUUUUCUGUCAGGAGCCAAGGAGUCUGUCAGAGGAGUCAAACAAACAUGGAAUUGAAUAAAGUGUAAUGUGGUCAUUGAA